AUGGCCAUCACUAGGAUCCAGCCGCUCUCUUCUCACCUGCAUACUUGUGCUAACCCAGCUGAUCCUAUCCCUGAGAAGCAAGUUUACACGGUUUGGAUGAAAUCCCUGGUCUUCAACGGCCACGGAUGCACGAUCUACGGCCAGGAUGGUCGCGUGGCCUACCGUGUCGACAACUACGCUUGCAGCCGCAGACGAGAGGUGUAUAUCAUGGACAGUGGCGGCAAGACGCUGAUCAAGCUGCUCAAGAAGAAUUUUGGGGUGUUCAAGACAUGGAAGGGCUACUCCUAUUGCAAUGGCCCUGCUGGUCUGGAACAAGAGGAAUCUAAGCCAUGGUUCAGUGUUCAGAAAUCUCAUCGAAUUCUGAAGGAGGAAGGGCCGUACAGUAGUUGUGCUAUGGUAACAGUCUGUGUCAGUGGGAAGGUGUACAAGAUCGAGGGCGUGUCACACAAAUCCGAGUACAGAAUCAGCGACCCAGAUGGAGAGGUCGUGGCCGAAAUGAAGAGGAAGCAGACGGCCUCAGGGGUUGUGCUGGGAGAAGACGUCCUGAGCCUGACAGUGAACCCCACGGCGGAUCGCCUGCUUGUCGUUGGACUUGUGGUCGUGUGCGGCCUCCUCAGCCGUUGCAUCUGA